UCCUCCCGCGCAGAAAGUGACUUCCGCUCGUCUUUCCGUGCGGCGCAUUCGGUCUGUCGGAGCUAGGCUGUUCUCGACCCUCGGCGAGGCCGGCGCACCGCAGCCAUGACAGAGGCUGAUGUGAACCCGAAGGCCUAUCCCCUCGCAGAUGCCCAUCUCACCAAGAAGCUGCUGGACCUUGUUCAGCAGUCGUGCAACUACAAGCAGCUUCGGAAAGGAGCCAAUGAAGCCACCAAAACCCUCAACAGAGGCAUCUCUGAGUUCAUCGUGAUGGCAGCAGACGCUGAGCCCUUAGAGAUCAUCCUGCACCUCCCACUGCUGUGUGAAGACAAGAAUGUCCCCUAUGUAUUUGUGCGCUCCAAGCAGGCCCUAGGACGGGCCUGUGGGGUCUCCAGACCUGUCAUCGCCUGUUCUGUUACCAUCAAAGAAGGCUCUCAGCUAAAGCAGCAGAUCCAGUCCAUCCAGCAGUCUAUUGAAAGGCUCCUGGUGUAGGCCUGUGGCUCUGCCCUUCCUGUCUGUUCCCACCCUACUCUGUAUCAUACCGUCUAUUAGCAUGUAGUGUUUUCAGCCAGUUUCUAUUAUAAAUAUUGUACUACA